AUGACAUCAAUUAGAAAAAGAAUAUACCAGGAAGAAUUCCUUGAUUAUGGGUUUACCCAAAUUGACGACAAAGGAAUAAUGAAACCACAGUGUGUUGUUUGUUUGAAAGUACUGACUGCAGAAACUUUGAAAAAGAGUCAAUUGAAGAAACACUUGGAUAAUUUGCACCCACAUCUGGCUUCAAAACCACGGGAAUAUUUUGUCAAUUUGGAAAUGUCUGUCAAAAGACAAAGAUUGGACAGCAGCUUUAGAGGUACAUUCAGUCAAUGUUCAGCAUCCAAGGCUAGCUUUGAAGUGGCCUGGUUGAUUGCCCGAAACAAAAAACCUUAUACUAUUGGUGAGGAUUUGGUUAAACCAGCAGCUUUGAAAAUGGCAGAGAUUAUGUGUGGUCAGAAUGAAGCCAAGAAACUAAAUUGUGUGCCCUUGUCUGCAAGAGUUGUUAAAGAAAGAGUUUCUAUUUUAGCAAAAAAUGUGAGGCAACAAGUUAUUUCCUCAGUAAAAGAGAGUAAAUACUUUGCUAUUCAGCUAGAUGAGACUAUGGAUGUUAGUAGUAAUUCUCAGCUGAUGGUAUAUGUCCGCUACAAAGGUUUACAUUUAAUUGAAGAGGAAUUGUUGUUUUGUUCUCCUCUUGACUUGCGAUCUCGUGGAAUUGAUAUCUUCAAUAAAGUUAAUGAAUACUUUAAUGACGUCAAUUUAAAGUGGGAAGACUGCCUUGCUGUGUCUGUUGAUGGAGCUCCAGCUAUGUUGGGUCAUGUUAAUGGUUUUGUGGCUUUUGUGAGAGAGAGAAACCCAAAAGUUGAAGUAAACCACUGUAUUAUCCAUCGCCAGGCUCUGCUUGUGAAACAUUUGGAACCUAUAUUAGAGGCCGUCAUGCAUGAUGUUAUGAAGAUUGUCAAUGUUGUCAAAGGACAUGCACUAAACACGCGAUUAUUUCGUGAAUUAUGUAAAGCUGGUGAUGCUGAAUAUACAGACCUACUUUAUCAUACUGAAGUGAGGUGGCUCUCACGUGGAAAUGUUCUGAACCGAGUGUGGGCUCUCAAAACUGAACUUGAAAGUUUUAUGGUUGAGCAAAAGCAUGUUCUUGCAGAGAAGUUUACAAACCCCUUGUGGGUUGCACAUCUUGCAUAUUUAGCAAAUAUGUUUGAGCAUGUUAAUGUAUUGAACAAAGAAUUGCAAGGAAAAAACAUAAAUAUAAUUUCAGCCAGAGAAAAGAUUUCUGCAUUUGGAUCAAAGCUUUCAUAUUGGAGGCAAAAAGUUGAACAGAAAAAGAUAGCUACCUUUUCAACGUUAGCUUUGUUCUUGGAAGAUUGUGAAAAUAUUACUUUUGAAGACAUCAAGGAUACAGUUAUAAGGCAUCUUACUAAACUCAAAGAGCGGUUCUCUGAUUACUUUCCAGAUCUUGAUUCACAUGCUGUCAGUUGGAUUGUAGACCCCUUUAAAUGUGAAAUUUGUGCUGUACCAGAAGAGCCUCAAGGGUUGGCAGAGUCACUUCUUGAGCUUCGAUGCAGUAAUGAAGCACAGAUUGCAUUUGAAAACAAAGCAGAUCUUUCACAUUUUUGGAUGUCAACACCUGCAAAGGCCUUCAAAAUUGCACAUGAGGAAGCAUUCAAAAAGUUGCUGCCUUUUGCAACAACCUACCUUUGCGAACAAGGAUUUUCCACUCUUACGAACAUAAAAACAAAGACAAGAAAUCGAUUGGACCCGGAAGACUGUAUCCAUAUUGCUCUGACAUCAAAAUGUCCCAAUAUUGAUGAUCUCAUAUCCAAGAUGAAGCAACAUCAUUUCUCCAAAACCUGA